AAAACUCUAUAUUGGUACAUUUCAUGAUUUUUUUUCUUAUAUAAUUUGGAAAGCUAUACUAUAGUUCGUGAGUUGCUCUUUCUCAACCUAGCCAGCCACUGCAUUUCACUCUCUGCUGCGGUAGGUGAUUUAGUACAUUUCUGAGUUUCCUCAAUGGCGAUUGAUAGAAUUUUUAAAGAUGAAGCAAGUGAAGAGAAAGGAGAGCGGGCAAGAAUGUCAUCUUUUGUUGGGGCCAUGGCUAUCGCUGACUUGGUUAAGACUACCUUAGGGCCAAAGGGGAUGGAUAAAAUUUUGCAGUCAACGGGUAGAGGGCGUGAAGUUACUGUUACUAAUGACGGUGCUACAAUCUUGAAGUCCCUUCACAUUGAUAACCCAGCUGCUAAAGUCCUUGUUGACAUUUCUAAAGUUCAAGAUGAUGAAGUUGGCGAUGGAACUACCUCUGUUGUUGUAUUGGCUGGGGAGCUUUUAAGGGAGGCAGAAAAGUUGGUUGCAGCUAAAAUUCAUCCAAUGACUAUAAUAGCAGGUUUCCGAAUGGCGGCUGAGUGUGCUCGUAAUGCAUUGGUUGAGAAGGUUGUGGACAACAAAGAAGAUGCUGAGAAAUUCAGGUUAGACUUGAUGAACAUUGCAAGGACUACUUUGAGCUCCAAAAUUCUCUCACAAGAUAAGGAGCAUUUCGCAAAAUUAGCUGUAGAUGCUGUGAUGAGACUAAAGGGAAGCACCAAUUUAGAAUCUGUCCAGAUUAUAAAGAAACCUGGAGGAUCACUGAUAGACUCGUUUUUAGAUGAAGGAUUUAUUCUUGACAAGAAAAUUGGUAUUGGACAACCCAAACGCAUAGAGAAUGCAAAGAUACUAGUUGCAAACACUGCAAUGGACACAGACAAGGUGAAGAUAUACGGAGCUCGUGUUCGUGUCGACUCUAUGACUAAAGUUGCUGAGAUUGAAGGAGCCGAGAAGGAGAAAAUGAAAGAAAAGGUGAACAAGAUAAUAGGUCAUGGCAUCAACUGUUUUGUUAACAGGCAGUUGAUUUACAAUUUCCCAGAGGAGCUCUUUGCUGAUGCGGGAAUAUUGGCUAUUGAGCAUGCUGAUUUUGAUGGUAUUGAGCGUCUGGCUCUGGUAACUGGUGGUGAAAUUGCUUCAACCUUUGACAACCCUGAGUCUGUUAAGCUUGGGCAAUGUGAACUUAUUGAAGAGAUUAUGAUUGGUGAGGAUAAAUUAAUCAAGUUUUCUGGUGUUGCAAUGGGGCAGGCAUGCACAAUAGUUCUGAGAGGUGCUAGCCACCAUGUCCUUGAUGAGGCUGAGAGAUCAUUGCAUGAUGCUUUGUGUGUGCUAUCUCAGACUGUCAAUGAUAGUAGGGUGUUACUUGGAGGCGGUUGGCCUGAAAUGGUAAUGGCAAAGGAAAUCGAUGCAUUGGCUAGAAAAACUCCAGGAAAAAAAUCUCUUGCAAUGGAGGCAUUUUCCCGUGCACUCUUGGCUAUCCCAACAACCAUUGCUGACAAUGCUGGUUUGGACAGUGCUGAGUUGAUUUCUCAGCUCCGUGCUGAGCACCAGAAUGAGGGAUGUACUGCUGGAAUUGAUGUCAUCUCUGGUUCUGUUGGAGACAUGUUUGAACGGGGCAUUUGUGAAGCAUUCAAAGUCAAGCAGGCUGUAUUGCUAUCUGCAACAGAGGCAGCUGAGAUGAUCCUUAGAGUCGAUGAAAUCAUAACUUGUGCUCCAAGGAGGAGAGAAGACAGAAUGUAAAAAUCUAGUGAUCAUCCAUCUUAAGAAGCUUCUUAUGCCUUGGCAAAUUCCGACUUAUUCCAGAAACUUGCAAUCUGGGACAGCUACCGAAACCAAAUCACUACAGAAUUGGUGCUCUAACUGUUUAAAUCAACUGGUCACAAUUGAACUUAUGUGCUUGUUUGAAAUUUUGAUUAUUGUCAUGUACAUUUCCUGUCACACCUGGGUGCUAGCUUUUUCUUUAAAUCAUUUUUGUUAGAUUUCACGUGUCUCUGGUUUGUAUCAGUCUAGCUGCCAACUGGAAUUUGACUACUUGAAUCCUCAAUGAAUGUACUAGGGGUUUAUUUUGAUGAUAUUGUUUGAAUGUUAGUUGAAACUUUUUAUAAUAU